CUGCUAGGCCCGAACGACAACGGCAGGGGCUCGGGGAAUGGUGGUCGACGGCGGCAAGGGGGUCGGGUUGUUCGGCGGCAGGGGGCUCGAGGCUGGGCUCGACAGCAACGACUGGUGGCUCGAGGGCUGGGCUCGACGGCGGGUGGGGGGGUCUUGGGUCUGGACUCGACGACGCAGGGGCUGGGUGGAUGUGGAGGCUUGGGGGCUCGUUGGGGCUGGACGGCGCGGAGGCUUGGUGGCUCAUUGGGGCUUGGUGGCCCGUUCUCCGCCGCGAGCAGAAGCCUCCAGGCUCUACUUUUGGACAACUAAAUGACUGUUGGGGCAUUGAACAAUCUGAGGUAUGCCCCUUAAUUUUUCGCAGCUGGUGGAGCGGUGGCCUCGCAGGGGUCGCGACGGUGGUCUCUGCUGAGUGCUUAAAUGGAGAGUUUCUUCGAGUUGGUCUCAAGUUUGCUCCACUAGCCGGAUAUCACUGGCUGCUAGAAUUCUGGUGGUCCUUAAGUGCAAGCAUGAAUUUGAUGCUCGAUACCAGAAGCCUGAAGAUAAACUAUAUAUUGCGCAACUGUAUUUUCCUCUUAUUGGCCAGGUAAAUGGUGCCAUCGAAGCUUUAUUUUUGCCUUAUGAGGGA